AUCGCCAAGUCACCAACUGAUAUUCCACUGAAUACCAUCCUGAACAGUGCUUGAUUUGAUAUUGUCGUGCCUACAACUCCGCAUUCUAACCUGCAUUCACACUCGGUACACACGAUUGGCUUGAUAGAGGGGUACGAACAACACAACCUCAAGUCCCUCGAAAACCUCCCCUCUAUUAUUCGUUCAAAACCAAACCGAAGAAAGACAGCCACACUGUUGCCCACAUUCCGUCUUUUCUUCCGCCGUGCCCGGCGCACUGUAUCCACAAUGACUGAACAACGACAAACCCGAAUCCUCCCCGUCCAACGCCUCAACAAGCCCCUCGAACCUAAUAGAUCAAUUGCAGAAUGGUGGGAAGAAGAAAAGAGCAAGAAUACGCCCGAAGCGGCUGCCGUUCUCGAAGCAGCAGAAACUCUACGCACAAGCGAUAUCCCCGUCGGAUUCCCCACGGAGACUGUAUAUGGUCUCGGCGCAGAUGCGACGAGGAGUGGCUCAGUGCAAGGGAUAUACAAAGCCAAACAAAGACCGUCCGAUAACCCAUUAAUUGUUCAUGUAGAUUCGAUUGAGAUGGUGAAUCGAUUACUAAAUCCUAAUGGAGGAUCGCCAACUACGAAAAUACCCGCAAUAUAUGAACCUCUUAUAUCCCGAUUUUGGCCAGGGGCACUUACGAUCCUCCUCCCGAAUCCGAAGGGUUCUCUGCUGGCGAAAGAAGUUACGGCAAAUUUACCUACUUUUGGCGUGCGAAUGCCUUCGUCUGCAUUUGCGCGUCUCUUGAUUCACGUCACCGAUAGGCCACUCGCAGCCCCCUCUGCCAAUGCAUCCACAAAACCGUCCCCAACAACAGCAGAACAUGUCUACCACGAUUUACAAAACGGCGGACCCUGCGGUGUCGGUGUUGAGAGUACCGUAGUCGACGGCCUCACCAACCCACCCGCCGUCCUGCGGCCAGGCGGUAUCGGAAUCGAGGAGAUAAGGACCUGUCCCGGUUGGGAGAAUGUGCAGGUCGGAUAUAAUGAUAGUGCCUUGCAGGGCAAGGAAGCUCCCAGAUCGCCGGGGAUGAAGUAUAGACAUUAUUCGCCCAAAGCGCGUGUUGUUUUGUUUGAGGCUGGAUCGGAUUUGGCUUCUGUCGCGGAUCGUGUGAAGAAGGAUUUGAUUGGAGGCGGUGGCAGCAGCAAUGGGAAUGCGAAUGGGUUUUCUGGACGGAAGAUUGGGAUUGUCAGGACGAAGACAUGGCCUAUUGCUCUUAGCCUCUCAGACGCUGAGACUAAACAAACGACCCAAGCUUCAAACGACGGCGACACCCUCUCCAUCCACCAAAUUUCAGUACCUUUAGGAGAUAGUUCUACUACAGUCUACGACGUACACCUAGGUGCCAGCGCGGAGUCCAUUGCUCGUGGUCUAUUUGCUACAUUGCGAAGUCUGGAUGCUGAGAAUGUGGAUGCAAUAUAUAUCGAGGGUAUUCGUGACGACGAGGGCGACCUUGCGGCGGCGGUGAUGAACAGGCUGCGAAAGGCGGCGGAAGUGUUUGUUGUUGUAUAG